UAUUCUAGAUCUCGCCUGGAGCCAGCCCUUAUUUCACCAGCUCCCCCCUUCUUCUGGCUGCAGAAAUAAUUAACCCUUUAUUUCGCACUAUUACUUUCUCUCACCUACCUCCAUUCAUAUCUUCUGUACUCUACACCCAUUCACACAACCGGAAACUACAUUCGUAAUGGACUCCACAGGAAUGUACCAUCUUUCGGCUGCAAGCCAGAACGAUCUGUACCCGAUGGACGUGGGUGCCACUGACUCGGCCUCGUCAUACCACAACAUCGAUGGCGGUGCGACCUCGGGUGGGUAUCCGCAGUCGCACCACGGCGCAGUGAAGUCGCAGUCGCUUGGGUCCGAGGCGUCGGCAUCGUUUGCACUGAUGACCCUCGACUCCAACACCCAGAGCGCCUCGCAGACGCCGUGCCAGUCGCUUUACCAGCCGGGCACGCUGCAGGGCUCGGGGUGCGAGUCUCAUUGCGUCACCUCCAUGACGCCAAUGUCUUCCUCCUACUCGACAUUCCCUGCCAGCGGCGGUUCUGCUGUGUCGUCCGUCCCAUCAAACACGCUUGUUACGCCGCCACUCUACGUCGGAGCGACCACCUCGGGUCCUGUCAGCUCGUACCCGAGCAAUGUCCCCCCAGUUGUGUCUGCCAUGAUCAUUUGACUCAGAUACUCUAUUCCACAGCUGUUUGCACUCCAGGGAUUCGCCACGGCCCCCUUUUCCAGUUGUUCAAAUAUGCUGCUGUUGUGCGCUACAAUCGUAAC